GUCUCAACUCUUAUGGCCCCUGGAGAUCCGUCAGUUUUUGAAAAACAGCAGUACAGAAAUGAUUGGAUAAACCUGCUCUACGGAUUUAUCUGCGUGCUCUGUUUUCUCCUGGGCACUACUCUGAACUCCUGGUCCCUUUACUACUUCCUCCGCAAACCGCGGCAUCUUAGCACUCUGGUCUACAUCGCCAUUACAACCACCGAUAUCGGGAUAUGUGUCCUAUCACUCCCCGUAUCUAUAUCAUAUCUCUCUAACCGAGCUCCUGGAGCAUUUGGAUCGGUGGCAUUUUGCCAGAUUUGGGGUGUCUUGUGGAAUGCACUGGCGAGAAUGUCUGUGUUUCUAGUAGCCGUGCUCAGUAUCAGCAGAACAUUCAGCUUGAAGUAUCCCUUUAAACCGGUCAGUAAGAAGAUGAUAGUCGGUCUGAUGGUUGGUUACGCUGUCAUCCAGCUCCUUCAAAGUAGUAUUCCCUUCUGGUUCGGAACCCUGUACCAGUACUAUGACACACACAUUCAGUGUCAGUGGUUUACUCACGAUGUGGACGCAAUAAAUAACUCCGAGCAUGCCGGGAGAUUCUACUCAGCAUUGAUGUGGAUCGAGUUAGCAAGUCCAGUAUUCCCCAUUCUCAUCAGCUGUCUCAUUUCUAUCAUUGAACUUCACAAACACACCGACGCUGGCAGUAAAAGGGCCGUCACUAAAACUGUGGUGUUGUUCACCGUCAUUUACAUCUUAUUUAAUUUACCGUUUGUUACUUAUUUUAUUGUGGCCCACGUGGACCGUUUCAGUGGGUUUAAGUACAAUGUAUUUGAGUUUGAAAAGCCAAGUUUUAAUCUGCGAAGCUUUGUGGUUUCGAUCAGCGUAAUGAUGAACAGUACAGUGAACCCCAUGCUGUACCUGUUCAGAUUUAAGAGAUUCAGGCUGUUCGUGGUCAAGGUGAUCCAAAACAGACGUAAUAGUACUAGCUAUGUUUUUAGAGAGUCUAAUUCUUACAGUGAAAAUAACAAGAGGAAAUAUAGCGUUACUUAUAAUAACGCAGUAGCUGUAAGAAGUCACAGUGGAGUGUCGAAUUUAAGGAAGCCUAGCUAUAGUAAUGUCAUUGUAAAUACGAUGAUUGCAGACUGCCAUAUUACGUAAUCGCUUUUUGGUCAAUUUUUAACCUCUGUUAUCAGUUUUACACCUAGCUAUGGUGUUUAAAAUAAAAUGACAUUAACGUGAUCAUUUAGAAGCCCCCUCCAUUCUUUUAGUGAUUACGUAAUAUGCAAAUAGCAAAGGAGUAAGGACCCCUCAGAUUUAGGGCAAGAUGCAAUGAUUUUAAAAACAGAAUUUUUUUGCUUUAUAGAUAUGUAAUAUAUUAUCAAGGAUUAAAUCU